AUGACUGACGACGUGUUACCAUGGAUCGCAGCAACUUACGGACAAGUAUCAGUGGGUCCAGAAUUCUACGUUUCGUUUGGAAGUAAUUCGGAUGCGAAGCAGGAUGAAAUCAAUAUUCAAGAUGUGUUUGACCUUGCAAAGUUCCCGGCCCAUUUUGAUUACAUUCGCAUUGAAGGGACGAUUGGCAGUUUGAGUCACGACGCGCUCAACCUACUCAACCUUCUACAAAAUGAUGGCAGAAUUUGGAAUUCCAUUUCCUUUCGUGCAAACAACGAAGAUCAACCAAGUUCCCCAGCGUUUUUGGCCAUUGUGACUGCCGCCAUGAAAAAGGCAAAAUGUCUAGACAUUGAAUGUACACUGUCGGAUACAACAGCCUACGCUUGUCUGGCUACAGGUCUCUUGGCCCAUGAUGGGAUUCAGGAACUGGAGUUGUAUGGAGCUGACAAUUUGGAAGUGGACGAUGCAAAAGUCCUGGCUGAGGCGAUGGUGUGCACAACUCGUCUCAAGUCAUUGCAGCUUGCAGGUGAAAAUUUACGAGACGAGCAUGUGUGCUCUAUUUUGGUAGAAGGAUUAAAAAGAAAUCGAUCCCUUGAGUCGCUGGAAAUCAAUGUUGAAGAUUUUGGAAACGAUGGUAGUAGCCUCCCGGAGCUGUUGCGCACCUUACAAAACCAUUGCAACCUUCGUGCAUUGGCUCUAUCUGGUCAAAUUGUAUCAGCGCAAGUCAUGGAGGUAUUGCGAGAAUGGUUAGGCCGUGAAGGUUGCAAAUUGCAAGACCUUCAGAUUCGCAACGUUUCACCCUUGCCCACCUUCAGUGGGAGUCAUAAAUCAUUCAAGUGCAGAACUUUGAAGCGGCUUGAAUUGAUAAACACCGAUCUUUCGAGCAACUCGUUGGAAGCACUAUUCCUUGAAUUUCCAAACUUGAGCAUCUUGUCGCUCUUUGGCAACAAUGUUUGUGAUCUGACCCCAUUGGAAUCUAUCUUGUGCAGGGAGGACUGCACGAUUAACGAGUUGGAUUUAGGAUGGAAUGAUAUCAGCCACGAAUCAAUCAUGAAGUUUGUUGACAAGAUACCGCUGAUGAAGAGUCUUAGACGUUUGCACUUGAGCGACAAUCCGUUUCUCAAGGAGGAGAUAAUUUUGCUGGAGGGGACGAAACAGCAAAGCACAUCACUUCGGCCGCUCUUAAAGAGAAUAAAAGACAGCAAAAGCCUAGAACAACUCACAAUGACAUGCCAGACAUCGGGAGAAUGCAAUAAGGCAGAUAAAAUUGAAUUGUGUCACACCAUGAAUGUCAAUCGAGGGGGGCGAUACGGAAUUGAAGUGGAGUCGGUAAAUCACAGCAUAUCACUUGCCAUGUGGCCAAAAAUCCUUUACCGGGCCUCAUCCAUACAAUACUUUGUCUGCCUUGACUCGACGUACUGGGAAGAAAAAGAACCGACCGACAAAAGUCCAAGGGCUUCAGUAGUAUUCUCCCUACUACGGGAUCAUGCCUACAUUUUUGAGCACUGUGGAAAAGUACAGGAAAAAGAAGACGAAAGGUGA